AAUACUCCUAAUAAAACAUAAACAACUAAAACAAAACAUAACCAUCACCUUCAUAUGUCAUUAACAAACACUCUGAACCACUCUUUUCACCUAAGAAAAAACAUAAUCUAAGAAAAAACAUAAUCACAUGACAUAUUAUAGUCCCACACUUAGUUGUUACUAAUCAUAUAAUCUCAUCAUCAUGGAACACGCAACUCCGACCACACAUCCACCACCUUUACCUUUCUCAGCACCGCCACUAACCGCCGCACAAAUCACCUUCCUCACAACACCGCCACCACCUUUUCCUCCCCACUCCGUCGAUCUCUCCCCUCUCGAAUUUCUACUCGCCCUUAUCGCCAUCGUCACCAUACCCGCCUUGAUCUAUACCUGUAUAUUCGCCUUCGGAUUUCCGUUUUGUCGCCGGCGAACAGAGCAAAACCCUCGUGAACUCUCCGUUUCUUCCGAUGACAACACCAAAGUUGACGCUGCUUCCAUCUUCGAUCUAAUGUUCAGUACGGAUGCUCAUGUGAAGGAGAUCGGCGGAGAGUGUCCUGUUUGCUUGUCGGUGUUCACUGACGGUGAAAAACUCCGGCAGUUGAGUUGUUGUAAGCAUUAUUUUCAUGCUGACUGUAUUGAUUUGUGGCUUAGAAAUCGGUUUACUUGUCCGAUUUGCCGAGCUACAGUUUCCGGUAAACGCCGGAGUUUGCCAGCAGCGGCUCCGGCGAGAAAUUAUGAUAUGAUGCAGGGUCUUCCGGAUGCUUCCGGGUUAGUGUAAAAUUGUAAUUUGUGAAUUCUGUUAAAAAUUUGUGCUAUUUUGUUAUGUGUUAAAUCAGCUUAAUUAGAGUUGUGCAACACAUCAGACACUGAGGAGGGCGAAUUUCAAUCUGCAACAUUCCAAUUAUUCAGUUAUAGAUAUAAAAUUAAUUAGAGACAGAUUUAGGAAGUUUCUUAGAGUAAAAGUACAGAGUUUCUAUUUUCUCGUUAUUCAACUGCUGAGAUUAUUUAGUUUGCAAUCUUAUGUAAUUAAUGUUUUUUAUUUUAAUAUUGUUUUUGAUGCA